UGAGCUAGGAUCUAUCAGAGAGCAACUGCUUUCUGGAACUUACGGCCUCGGAACCCCGGUCAAGGUUGGACCUUGGUAAUCAACUACGACCGCUUCUUUUCCCGGGCAAGACACGAACUGCAUUAUUAUUUUCCUUCGUCUCGAUUCGCAAAACAAACCAAAAGGAAAUUCCGAUGAUACGGAUCCUCGACAGCUCGUAUCUACGUACGAUAUGAUCACGAUACCUACUGCAUGUUACUAGAGUUGAGUCAACUGGCGUUUACAGUGUGCAAAGAGGACUUUUUUUUUUUUUUUUUUAACUUUUCCGUGUGCAAUACUUUGGAUAUUUGUCUCGUCACCUUCUUCUUUUCUCUUGUCUUCUGGGUUCCCGAGUUUAACAUCAUUGCAUCAUUGUUCGUUUCCUUCAGAUUGCACCGUGUCUAUUGUGGAAUAUCUGCUUUUGUUUUCCGUUUUUCUUUCUUUUCAUCGUUUAUCUUAUAUCUCUUUUGUAUCUCUCUCCCAUUCCGCUUCCCUUUUUUUAAUUUUUAUUUUUUUUUUUUUUCUUAAUGUCUUGCUACAUAUCUGCUUAGCAUAUGGGAAGUCAAGAGCUGAUAAAUUUAUGACUGCCUUAAGCCUGCA